AACCUUAACGCUGUCCAUUACCAUCUAGAGACGGCGAAGCCGGCCUUGCUCUUUUUAACCGAGACUCAGGUGUCCUCUCCGGCUGAUACUUCAUAUUUCUCCUACCCGGGAUACAAAUUAGAACACUCCUUUGUGCCCCGGGCUGGAGUUUGUGUAUACGUCAGAGAGGACAUCUGUUUUCGACGCCUCGGCAGCCUUGAAGGUACAGACCUGUCCAUCCUAUGGCUGCGCGUAGACAGCGACGACCAUCCCCGCGUCUACGGGUGCCUCUAUAGGUCGCAUAGCGGUAAUGCCGACACAGACCGACUCAUCGACCACGUCCAAAUGGCUGCAGACUCCGUGCUACAACAGGUCCCAUCCGCAGAGAUCGUGAUACUCGGUGAUUUCAACGCCCACCACGCUGAAUGGCUUGGUUCUCGUUUAACCGAUCAUGCGGGUAGAUCUGUCUACGACUUUGCUUUGACAUAUGGUCUAACACAACUGGUUACUUCGCCUACGCGGAUCCCAGAUGUGGAAGACCAUGUACCUUCCCUGUUGGACCUUCUGCUGACCUCUCAUCCGGACGGAUAUCAGGUCUCCGUCGAUGCCCCUCUGAGCUCUUCGGACCAUUGUCUGAUCCGGAGCACGGUGCCACUCACGCUCCAAUCGCAAUUGCGAUCUACAGCUUGCCGCCGUGUUUGGCACUAUAGGUCAGCUGAUUGGGACGGGAUGCGGUGUUUUUUUGCAUCCUACCCUUGGGGGCGGGUUUGCUUCUCGCCGGAAGAUCCCAGCGUUGUUGCCGAUUCUGUUGCUGAUGUAGUACUUCAGGGUAUGGAAGUUUUUAUUCCAUCCUCUGUGGUGCCCAUCGGAGGCAGAUCCCAGUGAUGGUUUGGUCGCUCCUGUAAAAUAGCAUCACGCUAUAAGCAGGAGUGCUACCGAGCCUGGGCUGACGCAUCAACGUCUCGGGAUUUGAACACCAGCGCACUUAAAAAGAAGUAUAAUUCCGCCUCCAGGUCCUUCAAAAGCGUCAUUGCCAAGGCAAGGUCUGAGCACAUCGGCAGAAUUGGCGAGAAGCUAGUUCGCCUUCCUUCGGGAACCCGUGCAUUCUGGUCUCUCGCCAAGGCUGUCCAAGGGAACUUCUGUCAGCCAUCCCUUCCAUCUCUGCACAGAGAGGACGACUCACUGGCCCAUGCCGCAAAAGAGAAAGCCGAUCUGUUGUGCUCUCUUUUUGCGUCUAACUCGACUCUAGAUGAAGGGGGGAACACACCGCCGACCAUCCCGCGAUGUGAGUGCUCCAUGCCGGAUGUGCGAUUUACACAGCGCUCGGUUCGCAAAGCACUCUUCUCCCUGGACGUCAGCAAGCCGAGUGGGAUCGAUGGAGUCCCUUCCAUUGUGCUGAAGAAGUAUGCUUCCGGAGUUGGAACCGGUUUUAACGCGUCUUUUCCGUUACUCCUACUCCCAAGGCGUAGUCCCGAAUUCAUGGAAGACAGCUUUGGUCCACCCGAUCCCUAAAAAAGGCGACCGCUCAGACCCGUCCAACUACAGGCCUAUCGCCAUCACCUCCUUGUUCUCCAAAAUAAUGGAAUCCAUUAUAAACUGCCAGCUCAUGAGGUACCUUGAGGAUCACCAGCUGAUCAGUGACCGUCAGUACGGUUUUCGUCGGGGUCGAUCAGCAGGUGAUCUUCUGGUUUACUUAACUCAUAGAUGGGCGGAGGCAGUAGAGUCCAAGGGGGAGGCAUUGGCCGUUAGUUUGGACAUAGCGAAGGCCUUCGAUCGGGUCUGGCACAAGGCGCUUCUUUCGAAGCUUCCUUCCUAUGGGCUUCCCGAGAAAUUGUGCAAAUGGAUCACCAGUUUCCUUGCUGAUCGGAGCAUCAAGGUCGUAGUAGACGGUGCAUGCUCUGAUUUCAAGUUCCACAAGGCUGCGUGCUAUCACUAACGCUGUUUCUCCUGCAUAUCAAUGAUAUGUUGCUAACUGGUAGCAUUCAUUGCUAUGCAUACGACAGCACUGGGGAUGCCUUAUAUACCGGCCGUGCCAAUAUUUCUCGGGAAAACGUCGCCGAGUACCGGGACAAACUUGUGUCUGAAGUCGAGUCUGCUUAACAAAGUCUCGGAUUGGGGCCGACUAAAUCUAGUCCAGUUCAAUCCCCAGAAGACACAAGAUUGCGCGUUUACCGCUAAAAAGAACCCCUUUGUCGUAUCUCCUCAGUUUCAAGGCACUCCCCUUGCUGCCUCAGCCAGUAUCGGAAUCCUUGGCGUCGACAUAUCGAAUAGCGUGCAGUUUCGUGGUCACUUGGAAGGGAAGGCCAAAUUGGCCUCUAAAAAGCUUGGCGUGCUCAGCAGAGCGAGACAGUAUUUCAUGCCGGCAUAUCGCUUGCAACUUUACAAAGCGCAAGUUCGGCCCCACAUGGAAUACUGUUCUCAUCUCUGGGGCGGGGCACCCCAGUGCCAGCUCCUUCCACUUGACCGCAUCCAGCGCAGAGCGAUUCGAAUCGUCGACGACCGAGUUCUUUCCGAUCGGCUCGAUACACUGGCACUGCGUAGAGAUGUUGCAUCUCUUUGCGUAUUUUAUCGCAUCUAUCACGGGGAGUGCUCUGAGGAAUUGUUCGGACUAAUUCCAGCCGCUCAAUUUCACCAUCGCACGUCGCGACAAAACUCGCGUUACCAUCCAUACCAUCUGGAUGAUUGGCGGUCCACCACUGUGCGAUUUAGAAGAAGUUUUCUCCCUCGCACAAGUUCUUUGUGGAAUCAAUUACCACCAGCGAAUUUUCCGAACCGAUACGACUUAGGAACCUUCAAGAAAAGAGCUUACACCUUUCUAAAAGGCCGGCAACGCAUCUGCAAUUCCCCUGGUGUUGCGGUUGUUCAUGGGCGGCGGUAGUCACUUACCAUCAGGUGAGCCGCAUGCUCGUUUGCCCCCUAUUCUAUAAAAAAAAAAUGUUACAACUAUAAGUUUCAAUCAAACUUCAUUCUUUCAUAGCCUUUGUCCUUCCUCUUUCACACAGCAGGAUACUAAGAAAUAUUAUUAAUAAAAAUAAAUUAAACAAAAAAAAUAAAGUGAAAUGCUAUGUUCAUAGUAUAUAUACCUAUUUAAAAUUAAUAUAAAAUAUUAAUAUUUAUAUAAAAACGAAAAAAAAAUUCCAAAGGACCCACAUAAUAACAUUCCAGGCUCUGACAACCAUGUUCUAUAGUGAAAUAUGUUGUGCCAAAAAUUAUCCAGAGUAGACAUUAUAAUUAAAACAAUGUAAAUUUUUUUUGUAGGAUAAGGGUUAUAAACGAGCACACAGUCCACUUGAUGGUAAGUGGUUGCUGUGGCCCAUAAACAUCUACAUCUAUUCUCCAUUACGAAUCAAAAUGCAGAUGCGUUGUCACCCUUGAGGACUAAGAUGGAAUGCCUCCUUUCUAGUAAAAAGGGUCUCCAGUUCUCUACAAUCAUCAUACGAAACAUCAUGCUAUUUUACGCUGGUAUUCUGUGAGAGCGUGGUCCUUCCACGGUCGAGCCUAACCAUUCGUGUUACAACUAUACUACUAAUAUAAAAUAAAAUAAAAAAUCUUGCUUUUGUAGUCUGUUAAAAAAUUUGUACUAUUUGACAGGUAUAUGGAUACAAAUUGAUACAAGUGGACGCAAAGAGUGGGGUACAGUACAUUGUGGUACUAAAUGAUGAAUGUAAUUCUUUACAUUCAAGUGUCUCCGACCCCCAACAACGAAGAUUAUUAAAUGCGGCACUAACUCAUAUAUAUAUGUCUGGUGGAACUGUAAAAGAAGAUGAUAUGUGGAAAUUCCUUACUGAAGCGGGCUUGCUAGAAGAAAACGAUUAUGCUGGACGCAAACUAUUAAUGAACACGAUGACAAGACAAAUGUACUUACAAUACAACAAGGUUGGAGAUGGUGAAUUAGCAAGAAACGUUUUCGAGUGGGGACAAAGGGCGAUAGAAGAAGCACCUAAAAUGUAUCUUCUCAAGAAAAUGGCCGAAGCAUUUGAUAAGAGCCCUGGUCAUUGGUGCGAACAGUACAAAGAAGCCACAGAAGGCACCUAGCAGUUAUGAUUGAAAUAUAUAAUAUUUAAUAAUAUUAUAUU